CACAGAACUGUGAGGUUUUGGAUUGUGAAAUCGAAACCAGGUGUGGCACUGGAUGUGUGGCUAACUUGACUCAAACUGACUGUUGUUUUUGUGUUUCGUUCUCACCACAACUUCUACCCUAUUUUCCAGAAUGUCUUUGACAGUAUCAAGUGAACAACAUAGCGUCAAGAACAAGAAAGGAAACACCACUUCUAAGAAUGACGACGAACUUUCAUACAAAAGGACCCCGGUGUCUGUGGACGAGCUAAAAGCAAAGAAGUUUUCCAAUAAAGAACGUAAAGAUUUCAAGCGGAAAUGGAGAGAAGAGAAGUUGCUAGCUCAAAUGGAGAAAAACAAGAAGCAGAGGCAAGAGAAGGAGCAGCAAAUAAAGAAAGAGGAGGAGGAAAAGAAGAUGAGAGAGAGAUGUGGGCGGUUGUAUACAGUCAGCAUCGCUCUGCCGGGCUCUAUCUUAGACAACGCACAGUCCACAGAGCUCAGGGCCUACCUCGCUGGACAGGUGGCCAGGGCAGCCGCUGUCUUCAAUGUGGAUGAGAUCGUCAUCUUUGAUGAGAUGAAUCAGUCGAGCCAAACGACGUCAGAUUUCAGCGGACUGAAGAAGUCGGGCCAGGGCAACAAACAGCUGUUUCACAUCCUGCAGUAUCUCGAGUGCCCGCAGUAUCUGCGCAAGAGUUUCUUCCCUUACCACCAGGAUCUGGCCCACGCAGGUCUGCUGAACCCGCUGGACAUCCCGCACCACCUGAGAGAGUCGGACGUCAGCGAGUACCGUGAGGGCGUGACCUUGAAGAAACCUGUCAGUGGCAAGAAGGACGCUGGUUCUUAUGCCAACAUCGGAUUGAAGAAGGAGGCGAUCCUCAACAUGAAUGUGCCACCAGGUCAGAGGGUCACGGUGAAACUUCUGGAACAGAAAACGGACAAAAAGAACCUGCGUGGAGAAGUUGUGUCCCCUAAUGAGCCGCGUGAAGUGGCGGGCACGUACUGGGGCUACGUGGUGCGGCUCGUGUCCUGUCUGAGCGAGGUGUUCACUUCCUGUCCCUACCAGGGCGGCUAUGACCUCACUGUGGGCACCUCCGAGAGGGGUCAGGAUGUCAACGAUGCCCAGAUACCAAGCUUCAAGCACGCCAUCAUUGUGUUUGGAGGUCUGAAGGGUCUGGAAGCCAGCGUGGAGGCAGACUGCAACAUCGGCACAGACGACCCCAGCGAGAUCUUCCAACGCUACGUCAACGUUUGUUCACGACAAGGCAGCCGCACCAUCAGGACUGAGGAGGCUAUACUGAUAGCAAUGACGGCGCUCUCACCCAAGCUGACCAGUGCUAAUGCUGCCUCGUCUUGACCUAGAUUUCUUUUACUUUAUCUGAAGUAUAUUGCAAUUAGAAAAUAAAACAUAUUAUUACGCUCAACUGUCA